AUGACCCUGAAUUUUGUGCCUGGAGAGCCCAACCGCUCGCCGCACUGCUGCUCUUUUGUCAAUUGGAACGCCGUCCAGGUGUUGGCGUACUGCUCUGGAAACAACCUUGUCAUUGUGACGAAGAAUUUCCAGCAUCUGCAGACCCUAUAUCUUCCUCGAGACUCUUACGUGGUGGACGUCAACCGGAUUAACGGGAAGAUAGCUUUGGCAAUUGGCUCAAAAAUCCAGAUAUACACCCCGACAGUGUCAAACUUCUACAAUUACAACUUUCGUGGCCGCAAGGACGUGUCCGAGCUGGAGAUCGAAUGGGGACUCGAAACAGAGAUAGAGAACGACAAGGACGAUUCCACCAUCACGUGUCUUUCGUGGUCCGACUCGUGCGAUACCUAUGAUGACGAGCUCUCGAGCGCACAGCUUUUUGGCGUUCCUGAGGAGUAUAACUCGCUCACGAGCUGCGAGCUGUGCGUUGGUUCUGAGCGGUCGCUGGCACUCUGGCGGAUCUAUUAUUCGGCCAAGGACGGAACGCAUACCGCCAGACACCGGCUGCUGUGGUCCAAGACGCAGCCCAAUCCGGUUUACAUGGUCAAGUUCUCGCCCCAUUCCACGGCAAUAGCUAGCGUCGGAUACUACGACAAAUUGGUCAAGAUCUGGCACAGAGUCGCUUACGGCAUCGAGUCGGCCGAGUUCGAGCUCAAUUACACGCGGCUGCCCGCGUACGUGACACUCUUGCGUUGGAAGUCCGGCAAUAUGCGGCGCAGCAACCUCUCCUCGGCCGGCUCUGUCACCGACUUGAAACCAGCCAACAGCAUCAUCAAGGACACCUCGCACCGACACAUAGACAUCCCGCACGCUGAGCAUUGCACGCUAUACGUGUACGGCGACGACUCUGUGCUCAGGGUGUUCUCGACGUACUACCUCGACCGUGGCUUCCAGGUGGCUAGUGAUGGGGCGGUGCAGUUCCCGUCUAAGAGCUUUGUGGCGGUGAUUGACAACCAGAUGGUUGCACUUGGCAUCGACAAAGUUCUGGAGCAGCUGGAGCAGCUGGAGUCAAAUGGCCACCAGAGAAACUGCCACGCACGGUCCCGCGAUGGCGACGUGUCGCGCAGUCGCAGCGGGUCGGCGCUCAGCAUGUACCACCGUCGCCAGAGCUCGCUGCUGCAGCUACUGGAAAUGCGGCCCGAACUGUGUCUGGUUUUCAAUCCAGAGGGCCGCAUUGAAAUCUAUGCAUUCCAUGCGUGCGAGGGCGAAAUUAGGGUGAAGAAGUUGGACGCCGUGCUCGACUCUCACGGCGGCCUGACGAGGGCCUGUAUCCGGCUAGGGAAAAAUUGCAUACCCCAGGACUGUCGCAGCGUUUUUUUGCAGGACAUGCAGAUCACGCAGACUUCAGGAGGCUACGGGUUGUCGCUGAUUGUACACGAUCUGUUUAAAAACUCGAUCCGUCACGUGGGGUUCACGUUUGAGUCGCUGCUGCAGUUCGAAGAGCUGGAGAUUGCAACCUCAGGAUCGACAACCGUGACGAUCGGCGAGCUGCAGCACAAACUGACGGGCCAUAACAAGUCGAUCCGCAAACUGAUCCGAUCCGGCGACGGCUCCGUCGUCCUGUCCACCACCCGGUUCGGCGAAAGCUGUCUGUGGACGGCGAUUCCGCUGUCCGACUCGCACAAGACGCUGAACAAAAAUUCCACACUAAUCACGCCGUCGCCAAUCGUUGACGCUGCGUUCUGGAAACACGGCGAGUACGUGAUUGUGUAUCUGGCAGACGAGCUGGUCUGCUUUGACUGCCGUCUACAGUCGCAGUACCAGGCAGAAAUCGCCAAGCUGGCUCCCGUGGCUGGGUCUCUGAAAAUCCAGCCGCAGGAAAAACUGUGCUGUUUUUUCCUGGUCCCCGAGCUCGAGAGCGACGUUGCACACGCCGUGGCGGUGUACGCGGACGGCCGAUGCGAUGCGUGGGAGCUCCGACUGGAAAAUGGCCGCUGCAAAAUACACCCUUACACAGUCGACCAGCUGGAGGCCGUCCAUAUGGCGUCGUACGUCGACCCGGUCGGCUGGAACGCGGCGAUCGGCACGAGUCUGCAGCGCGACGUGCUCACGACGAUUCAGGCAAAUGGCGACGUCGCGGUGUACUCGACGCGGGUCCAGGACGGCCGCAUUAUCUGGGAGCAGAAACAGACGUUUUCCACGGGGAUAGCCAACGCGACGUUUUUGAACGGCUCGUCGAUCCACCGGCUCGCCGUCGUCAACGAAAGUCGCGACCAGCUGCACAUCUGGGACACACGGCUUGGCACGCUGGAGUACUCGGAGACGUUUGAGGCCGAGAAAAUCAGGGAUAUCGACUGGACAUGUACAGCGUUCUCACAGGGCAUUCUGGCCAUCGGGUUCGACUCGCACUCGCUCCUGUACACGCAGCUUCGCUACGACUACACGAACGACACCCCCACUUACACCAAGAUCAAGAAAGUGGACAUCUCGCACCAAACCCGACACCAUAUCGGCGACUCUGUGUGGCUCGCCGACGGGCUGCUUGUGAUCGGCUCGGGCAACCAGUUCUACAUCAGCGACAAGACGCUGGACCCGCAGCACGACUACAUCACUGCGCGGGCCAUGGGCACGCUCGAAAUCGUCUCGAACGACGUGUUUCAGCUGUGUGCUGCGUUAAACGGCCCGUUACCGCUGUACCAUCCGCAGUUUCUGAUCCAGACACUGCUCUACAGCGGUUUUGGAGGCAUCGAAAAGCUGGUUCUGCAUUUUUCCAAUGCUCUUCGCGCGCUGGAGCUCGGCACGGCGUCAAGCAUCGACCCCAAGCUCGGCUUCGAAACGCCGGAGCACGAUAUCGUCGGAGCGUCCAGGGCCGACGACGUUGCCGUGACGCGACAAACGUGCAACACCAUCGUCGAGCGGCUGGCCAAGCAUAAGCUGCCGUUUCUGACGGGCCACCAGCAGAUCACGCUCGCGUCAACGAUCCAGAUAAUGGCAGACAUAGCAGAAAAAUACUCGUCUGUUCUGGACGCCAAUGGGCUUCGGUUCUAUCUCGGUAUGAAACUCUUCCAGCUCAACGAGACUAAACGCGCGCAGUUCCGCACCAUCACCAUGCGGGACGUGACUUUUGCGCUGCACAGCGAAAAUAAAGACCUGCUAUUCGACAUCAUCAGCGAAAACAGCGCGGUGCAGAUUGGCGCGGCUGAGUUCUCCAAAUAUGCUCUUGCGUACUGGAUGGAGCACACCAGACUGGCCGAGGUGCUCGAGACCGUCGCAAGAACCGAGUUCUUCAAGACACAGGACUCGGGACGGUACAAAGACCCGAGCGUGUGCUCUUUGCAUUUUCUAGCUCUGCACAAGAAAAACGUGCUUCUGGGGCUCUGGCGGACGGCCAUUGGCCAUCCGGAGCAGCAGAAGAUGAUCAAGUUCCUGGGAAACGAUUUUAAACAGGACCGUUGGCGGUCGGCAGCGAAAAAGAACGCUUUUGUGCUGCUGGGAAAACACCGCCACGUGGAUGCGGCGUAUUUCUUCCUGCUGGCCGACUCGCUCAAGGACUGCGUCAACGUGAUCAUCAGCAAGCUCAACGACCCGGGACUCGCCAUCGCUGUGGCUCGCUGCUACGAAAAAGGCGAUCAUGGACCAGUCAUGAAAGAUCUCGUGCUCAGACACCUGCUGCCGAGAGCACUCCGAAAUAACGACCGGUGGACUGCCAGCUGGUGUUUCUGGAUCCUGAGCGACCGCGCGCUGGCCAUCCAGGCGCUCAUCAAGCCGGCCCGCGACAUUCUCCUGGACGUUGCCAAGUUCGACGCGAUCGACGCGUCGCAGGAGGCAGCGCUACCAGUGAAGAUGGACUACGAGGACCCUGUGCUGCUGGCCAUGUACGACAGUCUGCGCACAAAACGCGUGGAGUACUUGCGUGGGGCGCUGGCCCUCGACGUGCGGGCCGAAUACGACUUUGUGCUGGCUGCCGCGCUCAUGUACCAGAAAAUGGGGUGCGACUAUCUGUCGCUCCAUCUGGUACAGCAUUGGGAGUUCUCUGAGACGAAAGAGAUCAUUGAACCCUCCACGGGCAAAGAGGUGCUGCCGCCGCCGCCUUCUGAGUUUCAGGAACCGGACAUGUCUGCGUUCGACUUUGGCUUUUAA